ACGCGAAAGAUGCCCCCCAGCGCCAGCGCCGUGGACUUCUUCCAGCUGCUUGUACCGGACAACGUCCUCAAGGGCAUGGUGGCACAGACCAACAUGUACGCCCGGAAGUUCCAGGAGCGGUUCGGGAGCGACGGGGCCUGGGCGGAGGUGACGCUGGCCGAGAUGAAGGCCUUCCUGGGCUACGUGAUCUCCACUGGCGCCUCCCGCUGCGAGUCGGUGCUGGGCGUCUGGAGCAGCGGCUUUUACGGCAACCGCAGCCUGGCAUGCGCCAUGAGCCAGGCGCGCUUCGAGAAGAUUCUCAAGUACUUCCACGUGGUGGCCUUCCGCUCCAGCCAGGCCUCACACGGCCUCUACAAGGUGCAGCCCUUCCUCGACUCCCUGCAGCGUGGCUUCGACGCCGCCUUCCGGCCCUCCCAGACGCAGGUGCUACACGAACCGCUGAUUGACGAGGACCCCGUGUUCAUCGCCACGUGCACGGAGCGGGAGUUGCGGAAGAGGAAAAAGCGGAAAUUCAGCCUCUGGGUCAGGCAGUGCUCGUCCACGGGCUUCAUCAUCCAGAUUUACGUGCACCUGAAGGAAGGCGGGGGCCCCGAUGGCCUGGACACCCUGAAGAAUAAGCCGCAGCUGCACGGCGCAGUGGCCCGGAGCCUGUGCCGGAACGCGGCCGGCAAGAACUACAUCAUCUUCACGGGGCCCAGCAUCACCAGCUUGAGCCUCUUUGAGGAGUUUGAGAAGCAAGGGAUCUACUGCUGCGGCCUGCUCAGCGCCAGGAAGAGCGACUGCACUGGCCUCCCGCCCUCCAUGCUGGCCAACCCGGCCACGGCCCCCGCCCGCGGCCAGUCCCAGAUCAAGGUGAAAGGGACCAUGUCUCUGAUCUGCUGGUACAACAAAGGACACUUCCGCUUCCUGACCAACGCCUACUCCCCGGUGCAGCAAGGCGUCAUCAUCAAGAGGAGGAGCGGGGAGAUCCCCUGCCCCCUGGCCGUGGAGGCGUUUGCCGCACACCUCAGCUACAUCUGCAGAUACGACGACAAGUACAGCAGGUACUUUAUUUCUCACAAGCCAAACAAGACCUGGCAGCAGGUGUUCUGGUUCGCCGUCAGCAUCGCCAUCAACAAUGCCUACGUCCUGUACAAGAUGUCGGACGCCUACCACGUGAGCCGGUACAGCCGGGCGCAGUUUGGGGACAGACUCGUCAGGGAGCUGCUGGGCCUGGAGGACACCUCAGCCACCCUCUGAUGCUGGGGACCAGGUCGAGGGAGGGUGGGAGGCAGAGGACAGCCUGCAUGCCCCCCAACCAGCCCUGUCCAAGACCCAGGACGCCCUGG